AUGGAAUCGGAGACACACGCGGCGGUGAAGGCUGGCGACGUGACCAAGCUCCAUAAUCUGCUAGAGAGUGACUAUAAUUUGGACGUUAAGGAUGAGGACGAGCGCACGCCAUUGCAUUGGGCCUGUGCGACAGGGCGUCUAGACGUGGCAGAGUUCCUCCUGGAACGUGCGAAGACCACUGUAAAUGUGCAGGACGACGCCGGGUGGACACCGCUCAUGAGCGCUGCAUCUGCAGGCCACGGAGAUAUCGUUGGUCUUUUGCUGAGCAAAGGUGCAGAUGCGAACCUCCCCAAUGAAAACGGACAGAUCCCGUUGCACUAUUAUCGAGGACGUCAAGAGAUCGCCGAGUUAUUACUGGACUAUACUCGUGACGUCAACCAAGCGGAUAAUACGGGCAGUACCCCGCUGAUGCGUGCUAUUGGAGGCAAACCAAGUCCAGUCAACACUCGCGAUGUCGGAGGCAACACCCCUCUGCACUUGGCAAUCACAGAAGGCUACGAGGAUAUCGCACGUUUCUUACUGGAGAAUGGAGCAAACCCGAACGCUAAAAACCAUGACGAGGAGAUCUAG